ACACAGAGACAGUCAUGGGACCCUGUUUGCUCGUCCUGAACCAUGUGAGUCAUAUGAGACACAGAGAGGAGGAGGAGGAAGAGGAGUAAAGAAGGAGGAAAAGAUGGAGGACUUGUCCCGGUGGGUGACGGAGGCCGGGAGGUGGGUGAGGAGGUGCUGCUGUGGUGAGGAAGAUGAGGAUGAGGAGAAGGGGAGAAGGGAAGGAGAAGAAGAAGAGGAGGAGGAGGAAGUGAAGAUGGAGGGGCUCAGCUUCAGGAAGAGCAGGAGUUCAACCUCCCUCCCUCCUGCUGAGGUACGACAACAACUCCUGUUUGAGCAGUGCUGGAAUGUAACUAAGUACAUUUACUCGAGUACUGUGCUGACGUACAAGGUGGAGCUGGAUCCAGAUCAGUCCAGCUCAGGGUCCCACCCUCACUGGUUCCACACCCUGCAGGUCCGACGGUUCCGACAGCAGCGAGGACGCAGCAAUAGCGACCCGCUGGGAAGGAACAGCUGCGAGGAACCCUUCACCUGGAAACCAGGUCUUCAGUUUGGAGCGACUCAUUCUUACCUGAGUCUGGAGAAACUGGGUGAAGGAGCGUACGCCUCCGUCUACAAAGGAAUCAGCAGGAUAAACGGACAGCUGGUGGCGCUGAAGGUGAUUCGUAUGAAGACAGAGGAGGGCGUCCCGUUCACCGCCAUCAGGGAAGCGUCUCUGCUCAAGGGUCUGAAACACGCCAACAUCGUCGUCCUCCAUGACAUCAUUCACACCCAAGAGUCUCUGACCUUCGUCUUCGAAUAUGUGCAAACAGAUCUGGCCCAGUACCUCACUGAUCACCCCGGAGGACUGCACUCACACAACGUCAGGCUCUUCAUGUUCCAGCUUCUGCGAGCGCUCUGCUUCAUCCACAGCAGGAGGAUCCUCCACAGAGACCUGAAGCCUCAUAACCUGCUCAUCAGCUACCUGGGAGAACUCAAGCUAGCCGACUUCGGUCUGGCUCGGUCCAAGUCCAUCCCCAGUCAGACCUUCUCCUCUGAGGUGGUGACGCUGUGGUACCGCCCCCCUGAUGUCCUGCUGGGAUCCACAGACUACUCCACCGCUCUGGACAUCUGGGGAGCAGGGUGUAUCUUCGUAGAGAUGCUGCAGGGGGCGCCGGCGUUCCCCGGAGUCACUGAUGUGUUUGAGCAACUAAAGAAGAUCUGGACGGUCCUGGGUGUCCCCACAGAGGACAGCUGGCCUGGAGUCAGCCAGCUGCCAAAUUAUAAACCAGAGUUUUUUCUUCACUCCAAGCCGAAGCAGCUGAGGAGCGUUUGGAAAAGGUUGGACCAGCUGCCCUAUAAGACAGAAGACCUGGUCCAGAGGAUGUUGAAGGGGGUCCCCGCAGACCGGAUCUCGGCCCAGGACUCCCUGAGGCACCCGUACUUCAGCACGCUGCCUCCUCCCAUCAUGCACCUCAGGGACACAGUGUCCAUUUUCAAGGUGCCUGGCAUUCAUCUGGAGACAGAGGUCAGGAACGCCUUAAACCCUGGACGGAGGGUCAAACCCUCCCUGCUGCCCGCCGCCAAGUGGUGGUGACCAAACUCAACCUGAGCAGACGGGCAGAGGGGGGAACAAACCCUCCAUAUAAACCCAUUCAUUACUGUAUAUUUAUAUUUAUUGACACGAUACGAUCUGUGUAUGUUUAAUUGAAUAAUUCUAAACAUUAUAUUCAAUGUUAAAUAUAAAUAACCAUGUUUAUGAAAUGUUCCCGUGGUGACCGUCAGCCCGUUGGGACGUUAGCGUUGGUUCGCGGAGAGUAACGAGGGUUCAUUCAGGAGCUGAAUGUUGAUGAAUGUUUAUUU